CUGCUCCUCUUCACCAUGGCCUCCAACCACCCGGCCUUCAGCUUCCACCAGAAGCAGGUGCUGAGGCAGGAGCUCACCAAGAUCCAGAGCCUCCUGGCCUGCACCGCCAAGGGACCCCCCGUCAGCGCCCCCGCCGGGGGGGCCGGCGGGGGGGCCACCUGCCCUGGGUGCCACAAGGUCACUCCGCGAUCCGAGACCCCCAUAAACCAUGUGGUGGGUAACAGUUUAGAGAAUGCACUCCACACAUCAGCACAUUCCAUUGAGGAGUCAUUGCCUAAAAGGCCUUCAGGGAAGCACUCCAAAGUGAGCGUUGAAAAGGUGGAAUUAAAGGGAUUAUCACACAAGAAGAAUGAUAGGAUUGUUGAAUAUUCUUUUGAGGUCUUGUGGUCUGAUUCCUCAGUGACAGUGGUAACAAAGUCUUCUGCCGAAGUGACUGAUUUCAUUUCAAAGUUAGGUCAGUUGUGUCCAGAAGAAAAUUUGGAGAAAUUCAUUCCUUUUCUAGCUGGUCCAGAUUCAUUUUACUUAGAAAGAAGCCAUAUGGACUUGGAAUCAGACCUUAGGUAUUUGGCAUCAUUACCGUCCCAUGUCUGGAAAAAUGACCACGUCAAGAAAUUUUUCAGCACUUCAUGUCACUCCCCACAAUUUCACAUUUCAAGUACCGGCAAUUCUUCCCAUUACAAAGUGGGUACGACGCUGGGUGCUUCUGGAAGGCCCAUCUGUGGGGUUGCAGGUGUCCAGGCCACACAGAACAGUCUACAGCACCACCUGCCCCAUGCGGCCGCCACAGCCGUUGCCCUCUCCCACUGCUCUCAUUCAGGCGGGGCCGGACCCACAUUAGCAUGUAGCCGCACCCAGGUAGAAAACUCUUCCCCUGUUUUAAUGACUCCAAGCUCACAAAACCCACAGGCCCAGGAGCAAAAUGGAAUUUUAGAUUGGCUGCGAAAACUCCGGUUGCACAAGUACUAUCCGGUUUUUAAACAGUUGACAAUGGAGAAGUUCUUGAGCCUCACCGAAGAAGAUCUUAAUAAGUUUGAAACACUCACCAUGGGAGCAAAGAAGAAACUCAAGACCCAGCUGGAACUGGAAAAAGAAAAGUCAGAGAAGCGGACCAUGAACCCGGCCCCCUCCCCAUCUGUGAGCUCUGGGGUGGCCAGAGUUCCUCCCACCACUCACAUCAACCCCAUACAGAACAUUCGUGGGAACCAUGCCACAGAACUGCACGUGGACGUGGAUCAGACGGUCUCCACCACCCCCCGCGAAGGCAGCUCCUCAGAGUCCUCCAGCUCCUCCUCCAGCCCCAUGGGGAUGCAGCCCCGGGAAGAAAGCUCGGACAGCGCUGAGGAGAAUGAGAGGCGUGUGGAGAUUCACCCGGAGCCCUCGGAGAAGGAGAAGCCGGUCAUGAUCCUGAAUCACUUCGGCUCCAGCUCGGCCCGGCCCACCGCUCAGGUUUUGCCCGUGCAGAACGAGGCAGGGUCUAGUCCGUCCGCUCACCACCCCUUGCCAGGACAGAUGACAGCCACUCCGAUGCGAAUAUUAAACUCUAUGCACAAAUCCGAGCGCGGAAACGCAGACCUGAAGCUCCUUUCUUCACCUAUGCACUCGCUUCUACCUUUAGAGGAGAGGACAAAGUUCUCAUCCGGGCCCUCUCAGAAUAGUGUCAAGAUGGAGAAGAGCUUUGGAAACACCCUGGCGGAUCGGAUCCCGGCGUCCCUGCAUCAGCCCCUCCAAGUGCUCUCGGCUGUCCCUGAAAAUGGCUCCUCUGCGCCUUCUAUUCAUUUCGGACCACGAUCCAAAUUGAUCCAUGCGCCUGCGCUGGACCGAGUGGCGAAACCAUCCCAGCCGCCGGGCAUCCUGGUGGAAACCAGCACCACAGCCACCGUCACCUCAAGCACGGUCUUCCACAUGGCCCGUCCCCCCAUCAAGCUCCUAGUCUCUUCGUCUGUGCCCACUGAUGCCACCCUGGCGGGGCAGCCGUCCUGCUCCAACAGUAUGCAAUUCAGCGUGUCCCCAGCAAUAAUCAGCCCUCGGACGGCUCUGUACACCGCCAACACCAAAGUGGCCUUUUCUGCCAUGAGCGGCAUGCCAGUGGCCCCCAUGCCCAGCAGCACCUUCUGUGCGAACAGCAACCCCGCCGCGUCUUCCAGCAGCCACCUCGCCACCUCCUUCGCCAACAUGGGCAGCCUGCCCAGCUGCCCCCCUCCCAGCUCCAGCCCCACGCUGUCCUCGGCUGCGGAGACAAGCUUCUAUGGCGGGGGCGGCUCCGCGGGGAACAUGCCCGUCCCUAACCAGAACAACCACCACCACCAUCACCACCACCAGCAGCAGCCGCCUGGCUGCAUGGUCUGCAGUUCCUGCGGCUGCAGCGGGAACUGCGGCUCCAGUGGCAUGACUGUGAGCUACACAAACUACUUCCAGCACCCCUUUUCAGGGCCGUCGAUGUUUACGUUCCCCUUCCUGCCCUUCAGCCCUCUGUGCAGCAACGGCUACGUCAACACCCAGCAGUACAACAGCAGCUCAGCCUUCCCUAUGGUCCACUCUCCGUACAGCGGCGGCCCCACGCCGGACUCCCUCAUGAGCGGACAGUCCGCCUUUGCGGUGCCCCCCAUGCAAAGCUUCAUGACCGGCACUGCAGGGGUGUACCAGGCCCAGGGGAUGGCGAACCACGGCGGGGGCUCGGGACACAAGAAGCCUGGGAACCUCUCCUGCUACAACUGUGGAGCCAGCGGCCACCGAGCUCAGGACUGCAAGCAGCCCCCGAUGGAUUUCAAUCGACAAGGUACAUUUCGGUUAAAAUACGCUCCCCCGGCUGAGAGUUUAGAGUCCACGGACUGACCUUAACUUCAGAUGCAAUAUUUUGUGAUGGCAACAAGGCCAUGAA